UGCAUAAUAAUAAGAAAACAUUCGGAGCGGUGAGUGUUAUCAAGAUAAGUAAUUUUGUGUUUUCCUAUGCUCUAAAACAUGGCUUUGCGUGUGCAAUUUGAGAAUAAUAAUGAAGUUGGUGUAUUUUCGAAAUUAACUAACACAUACUGUCUUGUAGCCAUCGGUGGCUCAGAAAAUUUUUACAGUAUCUUUGAAGGCGAGUUAUCCGACACUAUACCGGUUAUUCAUACAUCAAUUGCUGGUUGCCGAAUCAUUGGCCGACUAGUUGUAGGUAACAGGAAUGGUUUGCUAGUUCCCAACUCUACAACUGAUCAAGAACUUCAGCAUCUGCGGAACUCAUUACCAGAAAAUGUUAAAAUACAAAGAGUUGAAGAGCGUUUGUCAGCUUUGGGCAAUGUUAUCGCUUGUAAUGAUUAUGUAGCCUUGACACACCCAGAUCUUGACAAGGAAACUGAAGAAAUUUUAACCGAUACAUUAAAAGUAGAAAUUUUCAGACAGUCAAUCGCCGACAACGUGCUAGUUGGCAGUUACUGCGCAUUAAGCAACCAGGGUGGUCUCGUUCACCCGAAAACAACCGUUGAGGAUCAACAUGAACUAUCAUCUCUGUUGCAAGUCCCUAUAGUUGCUGGAUCCGUAAAUCGUGGCAGCGAUGUCAUCGGUGCUGGAAUGGUAGUUAAUGACUGGUGUGCGUUCUGUGGAAUGGAUACGACUAGUACAGAAAUUUCUGUCAUUGAAAGCAUCUUUAAGCUAGGUGACACAGUAGGUUCUACUAUAACAGCUGAAAUGAGGGCUUCCUUAAUAGAAAGCAUGGCUUAAAAAGAUCCUACUUUCUGAAAUAAUGUUACCAUCAAAUAAAUGAUUUUUUUCCCACUGUA